AUGUCCAAUGCACCUUCAUCUAGAUAUGCUGCUGCAAUAUCAGCCCUUUCCCUCAGUUUACCUGCUGUUAACCCCAACCCAAACCUUACCCUCAGUUCAUCCACUGCCCCUGACCCACCGCUUACCCCCAAACCACCCCUUACCCCCAAAUCCCUUACCACUAAACCACUAGUUGUCCCUACCCCCAAACCACCCCUUACCAUCAAACUACCCCCUGCUGCCAGCCCAGCCGCUUUAAAUUCAUAUCCCCCUUCACCUGAGAUUUUUGGAUCAGAUGACGAGGAACGGGAGAAUCCAUCUGAUUACUGCAUAGGUACUUCACCAGUGUGCCAAAUAUAACCAAACAACAAUACAAUCAUGUGUGGUAGAAGGAGUUGUUUUAUACAGUUUAUUGUUGAUCGGAAAGAGGUUUCACUGUUUAUUGUAGGUGGGUACUACCCGGUGGAAAUUGGAGAGAUAUUCAUUGACCGUUACCAGGUGGUGAAGAAGCUGGGAUGGGGCCACUUCUCUACUGUGUGGCUAGGCUGGGACAUGGAGUAAUUAUAAUAGUUAUACUGAUAACAUUUUUUUUGUUAUUGAUUGACCUUCGGUUUCAUAUUGUGAUUAUGACAGCUGAAGCAAGUGAUUCACAUUGUUUAUUUGUAUGUGCAGGAAGAGGCGUUUCGUGGCUCUGAAGUUGGUAAAGAGUGCUCCAACCUUCACAGAGACCGCUUUGGAUGAGAUCACGCUUCUGAAAUGUGUCAGUGUUAUAUACCCAUGUUCAACAUUUUAUUCUCUGCUAUGUAUGCCUAAUCACAGGUUGCCCAGGAGGCAGCUCUACAGAGUGGUCACUAGCUGGCACAGCCACAAAGUCAUAAAAUCUGAUUUUGAUUUUAACAUUAACCUUAAUCACACUGCUAACCCUAAUCUUAAAUUAAUACCAAAUUAAUACAACAUUUUUGUUUUCAUGAAUUUUUAUGAUAUAGCCUAUGUUGACUUUGCUGCUGGCCCAUCUAGCGGAAAUCGCUCAGUUCUGCCUCCAGGGCAAGAUUCAUGACAAUAAACGUCAACAUGUGGCCUAAUCAGUGUAAUAACUUGCUUGUUCAUCAACCAGAACCAGGUUUAGUAGGAACUAUUGCAUUUUAUUAGUUGCACAAUAGUGAUAAUGAAAAGUAAUAUGUUUACUCCCCAGUUAUGUCCUGUUAUAAAUUGCUUUUAGGUAAGGGACAGUGAUCCAUCUGACCCUAAACGUGACACUGUUGUGCAACUUAUUGAUGACUUCAAAGUCUCUGGAGUCAAUGGGGAGCGUAUCCUUUAAAAGCCACCUACACGUUAUCCUUUUACCCAUAAUCUCUUUCUCUAUGUGUCAUAUGUUAACUUGCACAUUUGAGUGAAAUGGUUUCUCCUUGAUUCAGCUAUGUGUCAGAUGUAUGCAUGGUUCUUGAAGUGCUGGGUCACCAGCUGCUGAAGUGGAUCAUCAAAUCCAACUACACUGGCCUUCCCCUGCCCUGCGUUAAGAGCAUCCUUAGACAGGUGCUGUGUCUUUCCCCUGUGAUCUCCAAAUCCUCUCUUUAGCAUUUAUCAUCCAGAGCAGCUUUUGUGAACGGGUUAUCUCCUUUAUGUGUUCCCUGGUGUCAUGUAGCCACAGUAUAUCACCAUUGUUGUCUCAUAUCACAGGUUCUUCAGGGCUUAGAUUACUUGCACACUAAAUGCAAGAUUAUCCACACAGACAUCAAGCCAGAGAACAUCCUUUUGAGAGUGGAUGAGGUUUACGUCCAGGAGCUGGCAGCUGACACCAAGCUAUGGGAGCUGCCAGUGUCUCCUGCUCCCACAAGCUGUUCAGGUUAGGAUUGCUCUCAAUUCCAUGUUGGCAUACACGUGUCGCUAAGUACAUAUCCCUGUGGCAUUCCUCUGUCUGUUUUACUUAUUUUAUUUUUAGAUGGAGGGAAAUGGAAAAUAUUUGUUACAGAGAAAUGGAGAUGCAAUAACAGUGCUGAAUAUUAGGAAUAUAUUAUUAACAAGUUUAAUAUGACUUCAAUAGAUGGGUCUGUUUAAAACAUUUAUUCUCUAUGAUUUGAUUUCAUGCUCUCUUGUGACCUGCUGAUCUCUUCAUCUACUACUGAUGCCAGCAAACACCAGUCUAAGAGAGAAGCAGGUAUGACAAUCAACUCUUUAUUAUUGUCUCAAAGCAUAAACCAACCAUACUGCUACAAAGGCGGAAAACAUAUUUUCUGUUCAUCAUUUGAUUACCUCAUCUGUCACCUCUGUCUCUCCUACUGCUCAUAUCAUAACCUGGGUAUUAGAUUGUGUCAAACUUGAUGGGGAAGUUGACGGUGGCUUUCCAGGCUCUUGGGGUUUGGGUAAGAUGGCCUUGGCAUUGUGAGUGUGUGCUGAUUCACUGCAUCUUGGCCCUCAGAAGAAGAAGGUCCUUUUGGAGAAAAGCUUUGAUCUGGGAAUCUGGAAAUGUGCUUUGUUAUAUAGUUUGUUUUGGCUGUUGUCAAUAGUUACGCUAUUGUUUCAGGUUUUCUACUCAUUCAACCAUGAAAGCAGUGCAGUGCAGUGGUGUGUGUGUGUGUGUUAUUUAAAAUGUGUAUAACCUGCACAUGAACUGCAUUUCUGAAUGAAGGUUCACUAUCUACAAAUUGCUGUUUGUAUUCAGUAUGUAUGUAUUCAUUCAGUAUGCAUAACUACACCUUUGCAUUUGUAGUGAAAUUGCUCACCGUGAUCAACUCAUCAAUAAUUAGCAUGCACUGCAUGAAAAAGGGAUAUGCGGUUCUGAUAUUUAAGGAAAUGUAAGAUAUUGGCAGAGAUUGUUUUAAAAUAUGUUUGAACACUGUUGCAUGCUGCAACAUGAGACAUAUGAAUCCAAUUUUAAGUUUCCCAUCAAACGCCUGUGUCUGUGCUCAUAGACUGGGAAGGUCUCCAGGAUCCCGAGGGCCAGGUUGUCGAGGAAAGAGAAGAAACAACAACAGCAGAAGGGCGAGGACACUUUAGUUGGCCGUCAGAAGAGGGAGAAACAUGUGUCAUUCUCUAAUAUCACCACUCCCUGUAGCACCCCUAAUUCUACUUCGUCCCCUAAGCCUUCAGGUCCUGUGCAUACUACUUGGAGACGGACCCUGCUGCAUGAAGAAGCAAUGGGCUCUGACAGCAAGGAGUCGGCCUCAUCACCUAUGGAAGAUGCACUAUCAUUGACUACAAUUUCUCACUGCUCUAGACAAUCUAUAGUGUUACAUCAUUCUACCCAGAGAGACAACCAGCCCUCAUCACCAUCACAUGGUCAGUCUUGCUCUGGAGCCGGCAGUAUAGAGUAUAUUGUAACAACAUAUUACCGUGUAGUAUACAUGUCAGAAUACCCGUCAACUAGUCUUUCAAAUUAACUUUUAUGAUUUGCGAUAUAGUAUGUCAUGCAUAUGCUGAUGAUUAAGUUAAUUUAUAUGAAUGAUAUUGCAUGUUGUAAUACCUCGUACAAAGCAACCAUUUUACACCAGAGCACUCACAGCGCAUCCGUUAUUGUAGUGGACAGGUGUAGAAUUAUUCAGUAAUAUCUAUCUGUGGUAUCUGCUUUGUGUUUUGUUUCAGGGUUAAGUGAAACAGAUCUGUUGGUGAAUCUUCUGAAGCCACAGAAUGCUGAUAAAAUCAGCAUCAAGAUUGCAGAUCUGGGAAACGCCUGCUGGGUGGUGAGUUACUAUCUGACUACAGACAUUAUGGAUUUGAAUGAAAAUAUGUAUUAAUAAAUAUGGUGUCUUAGAAGACAAAAUACAUUACAUAAAAAUGAUAAGGCCUAUUAUCAACUAAUUGCUCAUGGUAUGGAGUGCUAAGUCUUCAUCUCUGCUCUCCUCCAGUACAAACAUUUCACAGAGGACAUCCAGACCUGCCAGUACCGCUCUGUUGAGGUCCUGAUUGGGUCUGACUAUGGCACUCCUGCAGACAUCUGGAGCAUAGCCUGCAUGGUGAGAACCGAGGAGCACCACAUCCACCCUUAUGUUAAUGUUAGCUGUCCAAAAUAUCUAUUACUAAGAAGUCUUACAUUUCCAUACAGGCGUUUGAGCUGGCCACCGGGGAGUAUCUGUUUGAACCCCAUUCAGGGGACAACUUCUCACGAGAGGAAGGUAAGCCUUGUCCUUUCUCCUCUCUGUCCUGUGUUUUUCAUGGUGAUUGUCCUUGCUAAAAAAAUAAUAAUAUUUGCUUUAAUGUCUCCCAUCAGAUCACAUUGCUCACAUAAUUGAGUUGCUGGGACCCCUGCCAUCCCAGUUUGCCCUCUCAGGGAGAAACUCCAAGCAAUAUUUCAAUCACAAAGGUAUAUCUAUUCACAAUUGUUGUAUACACCAUAGUGGUUUCUUUUAGCAUAUGAUUGAUAUUUUGGUGAAAAAGUACCCUUAUUUUAGUUUCCUGAACAUAUCCUGUUCAGUCCAUCCCCAGUGUAAUCAUGUAACAGUCUUUCCCUUGUUUGCUCACAGGGCAGCUGCGGCGCAUCUCAAGGCUGAAACCGUGGAGUUUGUGUGAGAUCCUGCUGGAUAAGUAUGAGUGGCCGCGGGAACAGGCAGUCCAGUUCAGUGCCUUCCUCCUCACAAUGCUGGAGCCCCUCCCAGAGAAGAGAGCCACCGCUGCCCAAUGUCUAAAACACCCCUGGAUCUCCUCAUAGACACACAGUCACCACCGCUGCACAGUGUCUAAAACACCCCUGGAUCUCCUCAUAGACACACAGUCACCACCGCUGCUCAGUGUCUAAAACCCCCCUGGAUCUCCUCAUAGACACACAGUCACCACCGCUGCUCAGUGUCUAAAACCCCCCUGGAUCUCCUCAUAGACACACAGUCACCACUGCUGCACAGUGUCUAAAACACC